AUGUUUUUGAAGGAUGGUAGAGGGGGAAAAAUAACACCAGUGAGUGUGGAUGGACGUGAUUGUGUAGUGAUGGAGCCCCCUUUGAGCAAGAGGAGUCAGACUCUGAGGUUAGCGGAUUUGGCAGCGGCUCAAGCCCAUCCUCAUCAGACUAUGACAGGCUUCCCGGGGUUGGGGAGUCAUCAAGCUCACUCCCACCCUGCCCACAUCCACCCUGGGGAGUUGGGGAGUGACCCUGGAGUUGCCCUGACUCCAUUCGGACCCGAGCACAUGGCCCAAGCUAGUGCUCUGAAACUUAGUCCCUCACAGCAUAUGCCAGCUCAUCCUGAAGCCCAGACAGCAGCUGCGUUUGGUUCGCCGGCUACAGUCACUUACCCCGUGGCUCAUUCCCACACUGGCUACACUAGCAGCAGGGACUUUAUCCUCAGGAGGGAGCUGUCCACUUCUGCCAUGUUAGGCGAGCAGCACCCGGCCACCAACUCCCCCCAUCAUCACCACCACCACCACCCGCAUAGCAUGUUCAUUUCCUCCACUGGUACCUAUGGACACUCUGAAGGGGCAAGCCACCAUCUCUUCUCUGGCAUUCACGAACAGGCAACCCCAGGAGUCCACCACCCUCUCAAUGGUCAGAUGCGACUUGGCUUGGCCGGAGAACUUUACGGAAGACCUGAGCCCUUCAGACCCGAGCACUAUGCUGCCUCCUCCAUCCAUAGCUACAACUCUAUGAACUUAAAUGUCAACCUAGCUGCUGCUGCAGCCGCCCACCCAGCCGCUGCAGGGGCGUUCUUGAGGUACAUGAGGCAGCCCAUCAAACAAGAGCUCAUCUGCAAGUGGAUCGAUCAAGACCAGACCUCCAAAAAAACAUGCUCGAAAACUUUCAGCACCAUGCAUGAGCUGGUGAACCAUGUCACGGUGGAGCACGUCGGGGGACCCGAGCAGAGCAGUCACGUCUGUUUCUGGGAGGAAUGUCCUAGGGAAGGGAAGCCAUUCAAAGCCAAAUACAAACUGGUCAACCACAUCAGAGUGCACACAGGGGAGAAGCCCUUCCCGUGCCCUUUCCCUGGAUGUGGCAAGGUCUUUGCCCGCUCCGAGAACUUGAAAAUCCACAAAAGAACUCAUACAGGGGAAAAACCAUUUAAGUGCGAAUUUGAUGGUUGCGACAGGAAGUUUGCCAACAGCAGUGACAGGAAGAAGCACUCUCACGUGCACACCAGCGACAAGCCCUACUACUGUAAAGUCCGAGGCUGCGACAAGUCCUACACGCACCCCAGCUCCCUGAGAAAGCACAUGAAGAUCCACUGCAAGUCCCCCCCAGGGUCCCCCUCCCUGGGCUACUCUGCUGUAGCUACUCCAAUCGACGAGGCCCUGUCCCCUACUCAGGACCAAGUCAGGGGGCGCACUGCCAACCUAUCCCCUCAGGUCACCAACCUCAAUGAGUGGUACGUCUGUCAAGCCAGCGGGGCCCCUAAUAACUUGCACACCCCUUCCAGUAAUGCAGAAUCCACCGAUUCUGAAGAGGAAGACCCUUACAGGAACUCGGAGAGGACUAUUCGGUAG